ACCAGCCCCCACCGGUGGAUACCGCAGCCCUGGGGUUCCAGCUACGUUGGUCCACUUGAGUCUGGUGAGGACGGCGGGGUGGUGUCUAGAGUGGGUCAGGAGCUGGGAAAGGUGGAAGCGCGGGGCGCCCUCUAGGCCGCACGGAGCCCUGCACACCUUCCUGCAGGAAUUGCUACUUGGAUGUUGGGUGUUCAAGCCCAGAAGCCCCCUCCGGGCCAAUGGACAACGCCGCCCUUCGACCCGCGCUUCCCUAACCAGAACCAGACGCGUAACUGCUACCAGAAUUUUCUGGACUACCACCGGUGUAUGAAGGCCAUGAAUCGCCGCGGAAAGAACACACAGCCCUGCGAGUGCAGCGCUGGAAUGAGCAGAUCAAGCAGGGAACUUUCCCGGGCAAAAUCUGAGUUUGCACUUGAGCGCUGUUCCCAGGGCGGCAUCAACCUCCAGUGACCGCUGUCCUUUCAUCGAGCCCCAGCCUGGGUUGCCCUUCUCCUCCACCUUGUCUUUAUGACACAAAUAAAGUUAUGGUGCUGCUAA